AUAAGCAGUUUCCCUUUCAAAUCAAAAACAGCUUGUUUUGCUUACAAAGGUCUUUGGUAGCAUCCAACCCACUUUCUGAUUACAACUUAAAAGACUUCCUUUGGUUUAAAGCUAAACCCUAGAAUUAAUAUAGAGCUGAACAGAUGGGAAGAGGGAAGAUUGUGAUUCGAAGAAUUGAUAAUUCUACAAGCAGGCAAGUGACUUUUUCAAAGAGAAGAAAGGGAUUGAUUAAAAAGGCAAAAGAACUAGCAAUUCUUUGUGAUGCAGAUGUUGGACUUGUCAUCUUUUCUAGCUCUGCCAAGCUCUAUGAAUUUGCAAGCUCCAGCAGCAUGAUAUCUAUUAUUGAAAGAUACAACAAAACAAAAGAAGAAAAUCAACAAUUGCUGAAUCCAACAUCAGAAGUUAAGUUUUGGCAAAGGGAGGCAGCUGGCUUAAGGCAACAACUGAACAACUUGCAAGAAAGUCAUAGGCGAUUGAUGGGAGAACAACUUUAUGGGUUGAGCAUGAAGGACCUACACAAUUUAGAGAAUCAAUUGGAAAUGAGUUUGCGGGGCAUUCGCAUGAAAAAGGAACAAAUCUUAACAGAUGAAAUAAAAGAUCUUGGUCAAAAGGGAAACCUUAUCCAUCAGGAAAAUGUGGAACUGUGUAAGAAGAUGAACCUCAUACGUCAGGAAAACAUAGAGUUGUACAAGAAGGUUUAUGGCACAAGAGAUGAGAAUGUAACAGCUGGAACUGGAAACUCCUCCUUUCCACAUUGUUUCAACAAUUAUGGAAGUUCCCACCUCCCCACCCAUCUACAACUAAGCCAGCCUGAGCAGUCAAACUUUGAGACACCACCCACAGCAACAAAGUAAAGAAGAUUACACUAUAAUGAAGCAUCAAAAAGAUUGAGGCAAAUGUUGAUCCUCCUUGGGUAAAAUACUCCAAGAAUAUAAGAAUAUGAUGGUCAGAGUCGGUAGAUCUAGAUAAAACCAAUCAACAUAAUAAAUCCUGACUUUGUUUAUACUGUCUAUAUCCAUCCAUAUUCACAAGUGAAGCCCAAGAUCUAUGUAAAAUUGCAUACUAAGGAAAAUAAAAUAAAACAUUAUGUGCUUAUAAUUAUCGAUGUAUAAAUAUAUUCUUUUUUCC